AUGAAACUGGUGCGCAUGAAAUGCCGAAACUCAGCAGUCGGAGCAUUUUCAUCCACUGUUGUGAUGUUUAUCCCCUGAGGGAGACACAUCGAGACGGGAAGAGAGUUGUGUGUGUGUGUAGAUCUGUGUGUGAGGAUCGACAUGACGCAGUGGUGGGCGCUGCUCAUCACUGUUUACCUGUCCAUGUACCUGGCAGCCACUCAGCACCACAGGAAAGCUCUGUAUCCAUCUGCAUAUAGGAUAAAGCGUGGAACGUAUUCGCUGAUCAACCCCACGUUCCAGCGCUCUGUGGAGGAUGUCAACCUGCUGUUUGAGAUCCUGCUCGCUGGGAUGCAGAUCCAAGGUGAAGAGCUUGACAUGCUGAUCCCAGACGAGGAGCUGGCCUCCCUGAGGUGCGUGGAGAAGCUGGAGGUCAUCUGUGAGGACAUCCUGCCCAAGAGGCUCUCUGACAUUCGUCGUCUGACGGCGGAGCUCGCCCAGCGCCGGCAGCCUCUGAGCUGGCAGGACUUUGAGAGGACGGUGCUGACCCUGGUGUACGCCACUCAGACGGUGGUUCGAGUCAGCAGUCAGCAGCAGAGGGAGGCGUGGAUGGAUGCUGUGGUACAGCUGUUCAGAGCCGUUCAGAAGGACCUCAGACCGUCUUGAGAAAGAAUCUUUUUUCCAAAAAGACAUUUUUGUGUUGAUUUCACUUGCUCAUGUUCACACAUAUCUGACUUUUACCCUGCAGCUCUUCGCUCAGACUGUGUUUGCAGUUAUAUACACACUCUAGACACAACUGUCAAGAUUAUUUUGGCCAAAAUGAUUCCAGUUGAUGAUAUUGUUGCAACAUUAUUCUGCUUAUAACUCUCAAAAUGAAAAUAAAACAUACUGGAAUCACUUCAGCUUAUAUUUUGUAAAUAUGAGAAAAAUUUUAUUGCAUCACAGAGAAGACACACUUCACUAUGUGAAAUGGCAUCAUAUAUCAAUGUAUCCUCACACCAUGGUCCAUAUAAUAGCUAAUGAAUUUGCCCCUUGCAAAUGGUGUCAUCAUUUUACAUACUUGACGUAAAGGUACGUACUUAAUGUUAGGCAGUGUUGCGGGUAACGCAUUACUUUUGGAACAUUACUGUAAUGUAAUGUUACGCUCUAUACAGAGCCUACACGGUAGCCUACGCACGUGGCCUACGCCAUUGUGUGCCAAGUGUCUCUGUCACUCUGCAGUUACAGCAGCAGCUACUACUCGCAUGUUUCACAGACAGAACACUUGCUGGACACAUUUUCCCCACAUGCUUACAUUGUAUAAAUUAGCUUAGCGGCUAGCGGACUUUUCCUCUACUCAUAUGAAGCCAGGGACAACAGCAACAUUUAACAAAGGUAAUUUUACAAAAUUCGGCUGCAUUACAGCUCAAAAGGUUCACUGACAAGAAAACAACUGUCUUAUACUAAACACGUUUUCCAAACAAAUAUAACAUGCUAACGUUAUUAGCACAAGCCUAUGGCAUUUUACAUUGUAUAAAUUAGCCUAGUGACAAGCGGAGAUUUCCUCUGCUCAUAUGAAGCCAGGAUAAAUCACACACAAGACUUAAAAUGCUAUUUUUGUGGAGGCUUUAUUGUCUUCACAAUUUAUUGUUUCUUAUCUGUGAAAUUAAAGUAAAUAAAAGCUUUGUUUCCACUGAGGGAAAUGGUUUCAGCUUACAAAGAUAGACAGGAGGUCUGUGCGCCAAGAUGUAUAGAUACAUUUCUGGGUGUGGGGGGUAGGUACGUAGGUACGGCGUCAAUUUGACGCAGAAGUAUAAAUCCUGCUUACUGCUGCCUGAAAGCAGUGGGAUGAGGAUCCACAUCCUGGUGAUCGACAUGUGUGGCUGAUGUUAGUAUAUGUUGGAUGUGUUUCCAUUCACAUCCCCUACGACUGCAGAUCAACACCGGCACACAGUCCUGUUCUUAUGCUUAUCUAACUCUCCCUCCGGUGCUGCUGUAGCUGACCAGCACACCAGGAACCAACAGGUGGAUCCUCCACAUCGCAAGCUGUGCUCAUUAUAGUGACUCGAUCUUACAUUGUCCCAUCCUUAUAGCCUAC